AUGCACUUCACUACCACCUUCGCUGCUGUUGCACUGCUGGGAACUGCUUCUGCACUUCCUGGCAAGUUCCAGUUCGAGAAGCGCUCGGCCACUGACUGCGAUUAUGCCUACAAUACUUGCCGUACCAAGUUUGACGCGAAUAUGGCUACCUGCGCAGCUGAGUACGCAGCCUGCCUUGGAUACAACCCUUUCACUGCUGCUGCCUCGCACACUGUACCUUUCCCCAUUGAUUCUUCUUACCUCCACGGACCCACUGGUGCUGUUGGAACUGGCGUGAUUGGAACUGGCUCUGGCUCUGUCAACCCUCCACCUACCACCUCUUCGGCUGUCGUCAAGCCUACAGAUGGAAGCACGAUCACUAAGACCUACACCAUCCCUGUCGAGGUCACAUCAAUCAUCACUUCGUUCGUGCCUUGCUCGACUCCUGUCAUGUCCAACAGCGAGACAACCUUCUUCAGCACCUGGCUGACUGUUUCUUACAUCACGACAACCUAUGAGACGGUCACAACCAGCUGCGAGACCAUCUACCCUACCUCUACUGAGACUGCUCCGGUGCAGCCUUCUGCUACUACCAUUCCUGGCAGCACUGUUACUGGACAGGCUUCUUGCACUUGCCCUGCACCUGAGACUGUUUACGAGACUGUUAUUUCUUACGUUACUGUCAACGGUGGUGACCACAAGACCGAGACCGCUGUCCCUGCCACCAACACUCCCAUCCAGCCCAGCUCUUCCCUCAGCUGGUCUCACACUGGCUCUGCUAGCGGCAGUGUCAAGCCUACUGGUUGGGUCAAGCCUUCUGGCUGGGUGAAGCCUUCAGGCUACUAA